GAGAUAAGCGAUAUGGGCAGUAAAAGCGCGCAGGAAAAACCAAUUUCAAUGGAGAAAAAUGACAAACCAGACUCAUCACAAACUUUGCAAAUGCAGCUUAACAAUGGAAGAAAAAUGAUUGUGUUCUGAGGAAUGUAAAAACCAUUCAUCUGAUAAGAGAAAAUAUUUCAAAAUGUGAAAAAAAUAACACGAUGCAAAAAUAACUGAAUUUAUAUAAAAUAAUUUGGUGACAGUGAAACAAAAAGAUGGCUGAUAACUUUCAAGACAUCCUUUAUGAAAUUGUACAUGGUUUACAAGAUGGAAUAUUAGGAACACUGAAGAUUCCAAAACUAGGAAAAGCUGAGAGCGAGGAGGUAAAGAAGGAUCAAGAGCCGAUGACAACCUUGGCAAGACGUAGAGCCGAGCGAAAUAAAGACAAAGAAACGGUUCAAAUCAAAGAAAGAGAACCGAAGAUCAUACAGAGAAUAAUAAUGUGCUGUGCUUGGAACGGUGGCAUAUUCUUGAUGAGCAUCUUCCUAUUCAAUCACAUGCUACUACCCAUUGUUCAGUUACUCAUUGCUGGAAUCUUUGGUAGAUCGGAGAACACUGUCUGGGGAUGGAUUGGACCUAUUCUCUCCUGGACAUUUAGUGCUCUUUGGAUCCUUCCGAUAUUUGUCCUCAGCAAGGUCGUCAACAGUCUUUGGUUUCAGGAUAUAGCUGAUGCAGCCUAUUUCCAGUACAGAGGGAAACCCAAACAGUUCAACAUCAGCAGCCUUAUAGCCGACAUUAGCUUCAGCAUGCUUCUCCAGGCCUUAUUUCUUAUACAGGGUACGCUGUUUAUGUUCCUGCCUAUUCCUGCUGUGGGUCAAAUUAUCGGCCAUAUCCAUAUGGCCCUUCUGUACUCCCUGUACGCGUUCGAGUACAAGUGGCUGAAUAUGGGUUGGGAGGUUCACAAGCGAUUAAGUCACAUUGAGAGCUACUGGCCGUAUUUCUUAGGGUUUGGUCUGCCCAUGGCUGUCAUGACCUCCCUUCAUCCCUCUGUUGUCAUCAGUGGAUGCAUAUUUUCCAUUCUCUUUCCUGUGUUCAUCAUUAGUGCUAAUGAGGCUAGUGAACCCACAAGGACAUGCGCGUUUCCUCUGAAGGUGUUUGCUCCUGUAGUUGCCCUCUCCAAUGCUAUUUUCCGUCGUGCCACUGUGGGUAGUACAAACGUUUCACCAGCGCGUUCCAAACCGGUGGUGCCACCUACUGGGAAGCCUAAAAAACACGUUGGGAUAUCUAAAUACAGCCAGGAGUUCAGCUGAUAUUAUUAUUGUGUAGUAGUUUUCUCCAAUUUUAACGCUUUUUAAUAUCAUUGCUCAUCAAUUUGAUAUCAUUCAUGAUUACUGCAGUGUUGGAAAAAACCCAUUUGGAGCCCCAUUUUGUGCCGGAACUCUUCUGUGUGUGGAGGUAUAGAUGAGAUCUGAGAAGAAGUCCCCGACGUUAGACAUUUUCCUUAUUUAAUACAUUUUUAUUAACAAUAUCUGUGUAAAAAAAAA